AUGAUUUCGCCUUUUCUCUCGUUGAGCACCUCUUCCAUCCUGACUUUAUCUUACGUCGGAGGUCUUUACGUAUCGAGCAAGACGAGAGUGGGCACACUAGAUGAAUCUACGGGACUGAAGAGGACGAAAGAUGAUGCAGAUGUGGUCAGGGCUAGAUUGAAAACGAUUGGUUAUGUUGCUGCGGGGAGCGUGGUCUUGACCCUUGCUGUGCUGAGUGGAGCGGAUGAGGGCACGGAAAGAGGCAAAGUGGGUUCGCUAAACAGCCUUUUUGUUGGCCUACUCACACCAUCGCUGAUUUUACAAGAGCAUCCCACUCGUGCUUUAGCAUCCUCUGAUCAGGUGCAUCACCCUGCUCUCCAAGAUUGGACUUCCGCUGCCAUAUCCUUCAAUCCUCACGAGCGCCUUUCCGCCUCUCGACCCACCCUUGUUUUCCUUUCUGCUUACACAAGCAAAACAUGUUCUAUACGGUCUUGGCUUGACAGCAACUUUGUACUUCGGACCGCUCGUCACGUUGGCUUUGGACAAGGAGCUUCCAGGUCAAGAAAACUUCGACUACAAGAGGGACGUGCAAAGUCGAUGGGACAAUGUCUGGGGACUACGAAACUACGUCGUCGUGAGUGUCGCGGAUGCCCUGCUCAAAUUCCGAGGCUGGGAAUGAAGCUUUACGGAGUGCAGCCGUGCAAGACGACUAAUCUGUAAAUCUACCAUGCGCACGUGCACAGGGUCCUCUGACAGAAGAAAUCGUCUUUCGAGGCUGCAUAGUCGGUCUGACAUCAAGCACGCGCAGCAGCACUCUUCUCCACUCCAUCUUUCUGACCCCUUUCUACUUUGCCGUAGCGCACCUGCAUCACGCCUACGAAGUCUGGACGGAUCACGAAUACAGCAUGACCGGUUUGAAAAUCGGCUUGACGCAUGCUACUUUUCAAUUGCUCUACACCAGCUUGUUUGGUUGGUAUGCGAAUUGGUUGUUCGUCAAGAGCGCAUCGCUCGCUCCUAGCCUCGUCGCUCAUGUUUGGUGCAACAUCAUGGGCUUGCCUGCUCCCUUCGACGACGCUGCGCGCUUGGCUGUGCCCGACGCAAAAGAGCAAAGAAGACUUGAAAAGGGUUUGCUCAACAUCUCAAACGAAACGCAAAGAGGAGAUAUUCUCGACGCAUCCAAGGCAAUUCAGAGCAAGCUGAAACGCAGAAAGUGGAUCGUAUGGACAUCUCAUGUGAUGGGAGUGGCAGGCUUUGCAUGGGCCAUCAGGAUGAGUUGA